CCAAUGACCCUGGAACUAUUUGUGGAAUUGAUGAUUCAGUUCUAUAAGAUGGGCUGGAUGCGCGGCACUGGUGGAGCAUUGGGAUGUAUUGCAAAUGGAUCCAAAUGCGUUAUACAUACUCAUGGAAAAAAUGCUAAUUUUAUCACUCAAUUAAUAAAAGGAAAUAUGUUUGAAAUCUCACACCAGGAAUACAUAAAAGGUGUUUACGACCCAUUCACUGGAAAAACAUUCAGUUACGAUGAUACGCUGGCCAUCCCUAUCAUCGAAAAUCGACUGCACGAGAUAGAGUUGUUACCGGCUUUGGACGAGUGCCUGAAGACUCAUCAACGCUCCUGUGCUGUGUUGGUCCGCACUCAUGGUCUCUUUGUAUGGGGCCUCACUUGGGAGACAACUAAGAUCAUAGCCGAAUGCAUAGAUUGCCUCAUUGAUCUGGCUAUUGAUAUGAUUCGACAAGAAAUACCUUUGGUGAAAGAAGUCGCCAUGGCAAAGUCGGACAACCCUGAUGAGGACUACCAUCAUAUCUUCUAUACAAAGUAG